CUCGUUCUCUCGGAUUCAUCUCCCCUGUUUUUGGCCCUCUCUGUUCUUGCCUCCCCCACCCCGGCGCAAGAGAGAGGUUCUUGCCCGCGCGAGAGAGAGAAAGUCCAAGGAAACCCAGAAGAGAAUCGAGGAGGAACGACCGGAGGGACGAUGAGCUAUUACAACCAGCAGCCCCCCGUCGGCGCUCCUCCUCCUCAAGGAUAUCCGCCGGAGGGAUAUGCGAAGGAGGGGUAUCCGCCGCCGGGGUACCCGCCGCAGGGGUACCCGCCGCCCGGGUACGCUCCUCAGCCCGGGUACCCGCCGCCCCCGGCCUACGCGCCGCAGUACGGGCAGCCGCCGCCGCCGCCUCAUCAGCAGCAACAGAGCAGCGGCGUGGGCUGCAUGGAGGGCUGUUUGGCUGCUCUGUGCUGCUGCUGUCUCCUGGACGCCUGCUUUUGAAGACCCCGGAAGGCUUUCGUUGCAAGAGCAAACUCGUUCAAGUCUGUCCAGCGUUCAAGCUUCACACCCUCGUCUUCUUUUUUAACUUUUGUUGUUGUGUUUUUUUCUUGAACUUGGCCCUCGCGGGUGAGAAUUUGCGCAUCUCUUGAUUGCGUUUUAGCAGUUUUAAUGUCUGAAUCUUCGUCCCUAGUGGUAGCUUCAAGUCGGGUCCAUUUGGUUUUA